AUGGCUCACGAUGAGGACUUCCUUGCGCAAAGAACUCAAUCAUUGUUAUUGUUGGAUUCCACCGACGAUGACCUCAGCACCCUUGACGCUGAGCUUUCAAAUGAUAACGAUGAUUGGCAGUGGGAAGAGAGGCUUCGUUUGAUCAACGACUUUUCAAAUUGGACAAGUGGAAACAGCGGCCUGGAUCAAUUUAUUCAACAGACUCAGUUGGAAAAUCCGGAUCAAAAGUUUCACAUGCGAUGGAUAGAUUACAAGGAUAACUUUUCGAACGUGAAACUCGUGGCCGAAGGUGGUCACAGUUCGGUAUUCUCGGCCACCUGGUUGAAUAAGACUGAUCAAGUGUGGGAUGGUGCCAAGCAGGCAUUCGUGGAGAAACCGUUGGUGGUUGCUCUCAAGGUUCUCAAGGAUUCACAGAAUCUCAGCUAUGAAUUUUUAGACGAGUUUAAGCGGCACGCCAGUCUCAAGUUGGAUGGAUGCGGAUACAUGGUUCAUUGUCACGGUGUUUCCCGCCACCCGGAGACUAACGAGUACAUCGUGGUGAUGAAUUUUGCGGAGGAGGGUGACCUUCGUCGAUAUUUGCAACGAAACGUUAGAACUCUGCGAUGGAAGGACACUGUGGACAUCCUAUGCAAUAUCGCCAUGGGCCUCCAUGAUAUCCACAAGAACGGCACGUUUCACAAGAAUCUUCAUUGCGGCAACGUUAUGAAAUUCUAUAAUUGCUAUAUAGCCGAUUUUGGCCUUUGUGGUCCAAGCAAUUCGUCUGCACCGCGAGGCGUUUACGGCUCAUUGCCAUUCGUGGCGCCUGAAGUGUUGGCCGGCGGUACAUUCAGCGCGAAAGCCGACAUCUACAGUUUCGCGUUCAUAAUGUGGGAACUAUCCUCGGGACGAGAGCCAUUCUCGGAUCGACCGCACGAUCAUUCGCUGGCACUGGAAAUUUGCCAUGGAUUCAGAGAGAGCGUCAUGCCGGGAACACCUUUGUUCUAUGAGAAACUGAUGAGGCGAUGUUGGGAUGCCGAUCCGUCGAAACGACCUGACGCGGAAGAGAUAGUGGACAUAUUGUCAUCACCGUAUGAAUACCAGUGUCAACUCCUCGGCAUUGAUGAACUCGGCAGUGACGGCAUAAAUGAGCUGGAAUCCUUUGAUCAGACGUUAGCGAGUAAAAUGGUUGACCAAAAAGAUGUGGUCAAACCAAAGAAACACCCCUUUGCCUUCUACACCAGCAAAUUCUUAUUGUUCCCAAAUUUACCCGAACCAAGAAAUCAGGACAAAGUUGAGCCGGUUGUGAUUGUUCCUUAUUCCAAUGCACAUCAAACCUCGCAGGACGAAGACGAAGUCACUUAUGAAGAAUAUGACACGAAUUGUCCUCUUCCUCCCGAAUCUUACG